AUGAGUGUCCCGUACAGUGACUUGCUGCCUCUCCUGUUGCUAGGAGUGGUGUGUGUUGUGUGUAUUUACUUGUGGUCAGUGUCUCAGUGGCGAUGGUGGUACUACUGGAGACGGCGCGGGGUGCCGUGUCUGAAACCAGUGUUGCCAAUCGUUGGCAACAUGUACGACCUCCUGUUGCUGAAGAGUCUUCCCGAUAUUUCCAACAGGAUAUAUAAGGUUACCAGGGGUCUCCCCUAUGUCGGGAUCUACGCGUGCCACACGCCCGUGCUGUACGUACGGGACUUGGACCUAAUAGCGAGGAUGUGCGUCAGGGAUUUCAACCACUUCGAGGACCGAGGGUUCCACUUCAACAUCGGUGAUUCUCUCGGAAGGAAUCUCAUCCAUCAGAACGGUCAGGACUGGAGAUUCUCGAGAUCGCGGUUGUCUCCCUGCUUCAACAUCGCCAGAGUUAAAUCUAUGUUACCCGCAAUGUUGGAGAAGAGUGCAAAUUUAGUGGGGAAAUUCAAGAAUUACUUGACACAUAAGGAUUUGAUUGAGGUGUGGGACGUUUCUUUGAGAUAUUCCACCGACGUCCUUACCCUUUGUACUAUAGGGGUGGACGCACAGUGUCUCGAUGAUCGCCAUGAAUUCAGAAAGAUCAGUAAACAAAUGUUGGGUAUCCACUUCAUAUACCACGUCUUCACAGGAUGCUUCUUCCCCACAGUGCACAAGUUAUUGGGGACUCCAGUCGCCAAAGCCAGCGUUACAGAGUUCUUCCAUCACGUCAUUCAACAAAUCAUAGAUCACCGCAAGGAAAAGAAAAACGAGAACAAGGAUGUUCUCCAGGCUCUGAUAGACUUGAAGGAAGAAUUUACAACUCGUGAGACAGGUGCUAAUAUACCAGGUAAAAUUGUAUAA